UUGCGCAGUGGAUAUGGAUGUGGACGCCUCGUGCGCUCUGAUCUUUGGCGCGAAGAGGCUGCACUCCGCGGCGCGCAAGGUGGCCAAAUGAAUCACCGCCCUCCCGGCUCCUCCAGCGUGCAAUGGCUUAACAGGAGAGACAUGAGUGUCCGAACGGAGGACAACAUCAGCUUGUGCCAAAGGGCCCUUCAGAUCGUUACGGAGCUCUGUCUAGCGGGGCAUGUAGAUGGGGAGAAAUGCUCGGCUAUAUUUCCCUUGGAGAGCAACAUACCAGACAUCUCUAUCAGUCUCCUUGCUGUGGUCGUGGGUUUCUGUGGACUCGCCCUGUUGGUAGUCUCUCUCUUUGUCUUUUGGAAGCUGUGCUGGCCCAUCUGGAGGAGCAAGGCCCUCUCGUCCCACGUCGACAAUGGCCCCCGGGUCGGGCUCCCCGAGGCCCCUCCGCCGCCCCCCCAGCCCGUCACACCCCUCCAAAAGGUGGCACCAAUGGAGGAGGAGAAGAAGCCUGUGCCAGUGGUGAAGGUGAACGGGCGUUGCAGCUCCGUGAAGCUGCUAGAGGCUGCCAUGAAGAUCAGCCAGACAUCCCCAGACAUCCCUGCUGAGGUGCAGACGGCUCUCAGGGAGAGGCUGGGCCAGCAGGCUAAGAUUCAGAGGCAGACCACCGACCCCACCUCGUCCUCCAGGCACAAUUCAUUCCGCCGCCAUCUGCCUCGCCAGAUGAACGUGACGAGUGUGGACUUCAGCAUGGACACGCUCCCCAUCCGCCAGUCGUCCACCGUAAGCAUCGGCCGCAUCAAGCCCGAGCUCUACAAGCAGAAGUCUGUGGACUCCGAGGACGGGACCCAGGAGCCGGUGGAGACGUGCGGUAAGCUGAGCUUCUCCCUGCUCUACGACUACGAGGAACAGGCACUGGUGGUCACGAUCCUCAAGGCCCUGGAACUGCCGGCCAAGGACUUCACUGGCACCUCCGACCCUUACGUCAAGAUCUACCUGCUGCCAGAGAGGCAGAAGAAGUUCCAGACGCGUGUCCACCGCAAGACGCUCAACCCCACGUUCGACGAGGCCUUCUGCUUCCCCGUGGAGUACGAUCAGCUGUGCAACCGCAAACUGCACUUCAGUGUCUACGACUUUGACCGCUUCACCAGCCACGACAUGAUCGGCGAGGUGGUGGUGGACAACCUCUUUGAGCUCUCCGACCUGUCGAGGGAGGCAGUGGUGUGGAAGGACAUUCACGCUGCGACCACGGAGAGUGUGGAUCUGGGGGAGAUCAUGUACUCUCUAUGCUACCUGCCCACAGCAGGACGGAUGACCCUGACCGUCAUCAAGUGCCGGAACCUCAAAGCCAUGGACAUCACUGGCUCCUCAGAUCCCUAUGUAAAGGUUUCCCUGCUCUGUGACGGACGGAGGCUGAAGAAGCGGAAAACUACCACCAAGAAAAGCACACUGAACCCUGUGUACAACGAGGCCAUCAUCUUUGACAUCCCCCCAGAGAACGUGGAACAGGUCAGCCUGUCCAUCAUGGUGAUGGAUUAUGACCGGGUGGGCCACAACGAGGUGAUAGGUGUGUGUCGGACUGGGCCAGAUGCUGAGGGCCUGGGGAGGUACCACUGGAACGAGAUGCUGGCCUACCCACGCAAGCCCAUUACUCACUGGCAUGCCCUGGGAGAGUGGCCAGGAAGAGCGACAAGCUUUGAGAGCCAGGGGUCUUGUCCUUCCCCCAAACCUCCACAAACUCCAUAGGAAACACGAAUGGAACCAUAUGACCUGAUAGCAGAUUAACUAGAUGUGUACAGCUGUAGUAACCACAAUUCUGUCAGUUAAAGACAGAAAUGUCCAGUGCCAAGGUUCGAUUAGCAUUAUAGGUUGUGUUUAAUCGUAUAGGCCCAUUGCAUUAAUCAUCAUCAAUCAGGACUCUACAUUACAGAGUUAUGACACAAACAACAUUGGCACUGAAUUCAUGUCUUGCAGGAAGGGUUAGCCUACUUUUAAGUUAAAGGCCCAGUGCAGCCGAAAUGGGAUUUUUCUGUUUUGUAUCAUUGCUGAUGAAACUAACACUGUAAAAGUGUGAUCACAAUUCCUGAGAGAUGUUUGUUGGAAAUACAAUAAAUUUGGUUAAUAGAACCAAUGACAAAGAGAGUUCCAAACCUCUCUGCCAAUUACAGCUAGUUUUCAGUUUUCCCCUCCCCACUUAGACCACUCCCAGACAGUCCUUGUAAAAUUAUUGCUUGAGAAAUAGUAUUUAUCUAAAAAGCAAUUUUUAUCAUUUUUAAUGGAAAUCUAUUACAGUAAAGGUACUUAUUUGUUAGCCAGAAAUGAUUUGAUAUAAAAAUGACUGCAUUAGGCCUUUAAAAAAGUUCUAUAAUAUGGCCUGAUUUUGAAAUGCGGUUAUGGACCACACAUGAGAAUGCCCUGUUCGUGGAAUCACAACAUUUUACAUUUAAUGUGAAUUUACAAAUUUCCUAAGUUUGUGUCUUGAAUAGUGUUAUCCAUGAUGAAUUCUCUAAUUGAAUCAUUGCUUCAGUAACCUUUAUCACAUACCAUUUACAGUAUUAUAUUGCUUGACUGGAGUGGAAAAUUAAUCUUGGUUCGUACUAUGGCAUUAAUCAACCAAUGGUGUACUCCUCAGAGUAAACAGUUUGAAUUAUCAUAAUUCGGUUUUCUGUCUUGUGCAAGCUAUUCAGUAUAGAGCUGUGAAAACAAUUGAUUUUACUUCUCAAGAGUUUUAUUUCCAUUGUACAUCGUGAGAGGCACUUGGGUCCGAAAGGCAUCAUAUCUGAUAAUAGCUUUGCAAAAUGGAGAUUUCAUCCUCUCAUUCCAAUGGUAUUGUAUUUGUUUCCUGAAUAGCAAUUUAUUACCACAAUACUACCAGUGGGCAUUAAGAGAACUAAACGUUGAACUAAUCUUUGUAACAUACUUCAACACUUUCUGGUUGAUACAUUUGCCCAAGGCAUUCUGCUCCUCUCAGUUAUUUAGUGAGUUGCCAUUUUCAUUUGGGAUGAUGUGAUACUAAAGGGCUAGGCUUGAUUCUAAGACCACAUGUCAACAUAGACAUACAGUAGACAAGCCAGUCAGCUGUGCCCUGGGCGUAGCCACAGGGAACACAGAUAACCGAUCAACUCAAAGGGCUGGGUGAAUGUCCAAUUCCAGAGCAUACAGCAGUUUGCCAGUGGCACAUCACUAAUGAAUGCCAAUUGAUCCCAUUUAUUGAAAGAACAUGGUGCAUAUCUCACCAUAUCACAAGUGGGUUGCAGAUUCACUUGUCAUAGGAUCAACGAGAGUGGAAUACGUGGUAAGAGCAGCAGUAUUCUCCCGUGGACAGACUACGUAACAUAAAUGGUACCAUAAAUCUGUUAGGGGCAAUGGGAUGUGUCGACUAACAAGCAGAGUAGUUUAGGUACUUGGGUUUUUCAUCACUGUUUUUUGGGAUGUAUCAGGAUUGGGAAAAGAUGGAGAGUUUCCGUUUACGAGGGUGUAGACUUCGCAAGUCGCGUUAGAAAUUGUACUAACACGUCUCCCCCAAGAACUUAAUCUGGAUUAACUGAGAUUAGAGCAACAGUAGCCACACAAUGUAGCAUAGUGUUUUCAACUCUCUUGUGGGAGAUGAAAGUGAGACAAGCAUUGAAGCAACAAAAUGUUGAAAAUUACAGUGCCUUCAGAAUGUAUUCACACCCCUUGAUUUGUUGUGUUACAAAGUAGAAUUAAGAUGGAUUUAAUUGUCCUUUUUUGUCAACGAUCUUAACGAAAUACUCAUGUCAAAAUAGAAGAAAAAUUAUAAGAUUCGUAAAAAAGAAAUGUAAAACACUAUCUUGAUUAGAUAAGUAUUUAACCACCUAAAUCAAUACAUGUUAGAAUCACCUUUGGCAGCAAUUUACAUCGGUGAGUCUUUCUGGGUAAGUCUCCAUGGGCCCGAUUCCGAUUUAGGUAUAAUUUUCUUUCUUACACACAGAUUUCCUAUGCACAUCUCAGUAGUUAGUAUUCAGACUUACCUUAUGAAGGUGCGUAACCAGCUUUGCAGUCAUGGUUCCCUUGCGCAUGUUGAAUACAUUUAAUUUGACCACUGAAAACCCUCCUACUUGCUGGCCAACGGAGUUUUGCGUGGAGUUUUCAUUCAAGCCUGUAUCUUUGUAUUGAUUGGGUGUAAAUUUGCAAAAAUGUCUGUUUUCACUUUGUC